CUUGUUAUACUCACUGUGGAACCUAAGGGGUUAAUCUCCACAUUGUGUAAAAAGGAUGUUUGACCCUGUCUUCUCUGAUCCUCCCUUUCUUCCAGUGUCUCCUAAAUAUCUCCUGAUAGAACAGAGGCUCGAGGGCAAGCUGCACAUGUUCAGUUUUGUGUGUGUUGCUAGAGAGUUUUUUUCUUGGGAGAGUGCAUGUGAUCAACACAGGGCCAAUCAGCACUCUCCAGACAGAGGUCAGGGGUCCUGCAGCCUCCUACAGGAGAAUGAAAACUCCUUCUACAAGCUGUAACCAGUGCUCUGCUGGACACUGAUAGAAGUCACAAGACUGCUCCAACUGCUGAUGAGAAAAGGUAUUUAG